AUGAUCGGCUACAUUGCCCUGACUGGCGGGUAUUGCGGUAUCACGGCAUGGUCGGCAGCAGAUGAAAAAGAUGACAGAAGACACGCCGACGGCACAACCAUUCAAGACAAAGGACAUAAAACGCCGGCGCUCAGCAGUGAUUUUAGUUCUAAUAAUCUUCGCUCUACAGUGCACGGUCACCAGAUGAUCACCAACGCCAGUUGA